AUGCUAAGAAAAGGAGUAUCACUAGCUGUUGUUGGCCUUUUACUAUUCUCUAGUACUAAUGCCAUGAAAAUAAGAAGAGCACCUAACAAAGAUGAAUUUGUUCAAGUCAGAGAACCAGAGUCUACUGAUCCCCCUGCCGGAAAUCCAACAGAUCCACAACCAACAGAGCCAGUGGAUGUCCCACUUAAUCUAACUGAGGAUCAAAUUCAAGAUUUCAGAAAAGAAUGUGGUGCAUAUAUUGAUAGAUGGCUAGAAGAAGGAACUUGCACAGAAGAGUAAGCUGCAGAAUACAGAGAAUCUGUGAAUUAGAGAAGUCUUUCUUAUUAUGAAGGAGAGUUGGAGCUGUUUGAAAAUGCCGUUGAGAAUUGCCGUGACGAAAAUAGAUAUUAUAGGGAAUUUGUUGCACCUCGCCGCACAAACCCACCAGUCCAAGAGCCUACUAACCCAGUUCCAGAGCCUUCAGAAGACCCUACUUCAUCAAACUCUGUCCCAACAUCUGAUGAUGAAGAGAUAAACGGCAUCUCUGAUGAGAAAAUUUAAUUCUUAAUACACACAUGCUAAGAUUACAUCGAUGAUCUACUUGAGGAGGGGUAAAUAAGUGAGGAAGAAUAUGAAGAGUCAGAGUAAAACUUUGAGACAAUCUAUGAUUUAAUUAUUCGUAAUUAAGAUUGGACUCUCUAUAAUGAAAAUGUAGACAGAUGUAAUGGAGUUUAUGAUACACCUUAAUGA